GGUGAGGACGUGAGGCGCCGGUAGUGGCGGCGUUUCCGGGCGUUCAGGGCAGGUGGGAGGGGAAGUGGCCGGCGUGGGGGGUCUGCGGAGGGGUCUCCUGGAGCAGCAACUUCUCAAGAUCUCAGCGUCCGCUUUUUCUCUUCUUCCUCUUGUAGGCGGUUCGGGGCGGGGGCCCUGUUCCGUUCAUUGCCUGGUUGAUUUAAUAUUCAGUUCUAGGCUGUUGGGCUUAGUGGGGCGCGCAGCGCUUCUUUCGAAUGCCUGUACCUUUUGUCUAAACUAAGCAAUCCUAUCAUUAGGCAAUAACUUGCUGUUGUAAACAUAAACUGUAUUUGCUUAGAUUUUCAUAUCGCCUCACCCAGAUGCUUCUAGGUGGUUCACAAAUAUAAAAUCUAAACAUACAUUGUUAUAAAUAUUAAAAAAUCCAUAUAAUAAAAGGAAAGAAAACACACGCGGGGGUGGGGGAGCGCAUCCCCAAGUAGUAGGGUUCAUAGAGCGCUGCCCACGAGGGAUGUUAGUAGCUUUCAGGUUCUGGGAUGCUGUUGCUGCUGCUCCUCCUCCUCUUCCAGCAGCAGCAUCAACUUCCAGUGGCGACUUUUGAAACUGGUGCUGUGGCGUGGCUUGGCUAGGGUGGGUUGUGGGCCAGAGCUAGGUGUGAUGGAGACCCUGAGGCUCUGCCUAGGAAUCACCAUAGCCCUCAAUUUUCUAUUUUAAAAAAUCUCAAAGUUCGAUUAUAAGCCGACCAGUCAAUGAGAUCUGGGUCCACCUGAGUUCUGCGCUUUCUGUCUUUCCAGAUCUGAAACCUACCAUUUACUCCCAUGUGAGGUGGGGUGACUCUUGGUUACAUUAGGGUAAAUUUUAGUUUCAUUUUCUCUGCCAUUCUUUUAAGGAUGUCUGGAAAAGGUGCAUCAUUUGUCAUACAACUAAUUUGUAUGAAAGCCUAGUAGGGAGAAACUGCAUUUUCUUUUCACAUGAUGCAUUGAAAGACUAUGCAGAGAAUAUAGGAAAGGAAGUUUGGGCGAUCAGUACAUAGGUUAAGGACAGAGCACAUGCUUUGCAUGCAGAAGACCCCAAGUUCAAUUCCUGACAUCUCUUGGCAGUGCUGGGAAAGACCCAGGAUAUCUGCAACCCAGGAGAUCCACUCCCAGCGAGUGCAGACAGUACUGACCUAGAUGGUCCUGACUUAGAAGAGGACACCUUCAUAUGUUCAUAUGAGGGCAUGGAGGAGAAAGUAGAAUUUGGGGUGUAUGUACUUCUCAAUUUAAAUGGAUUUUAUGUGUCUCGCAAAGUGGACUUUGGCUCAUGAAUGUUUAUCCCACAAAGGAAGCAAACAGUGGAAAAUGAAGACAGUUUUCGUCUGGAUGAAGGUAUAUAUCUAAAACCACUUUUAUGAAACUGACUCUUUAUCAAGUAUACCUCUUUGAUGCCUGGUAUCUGAAACCUCCCAACUAUGCCAGCAGCUACAGUAGAUCACAGCCAAAGAAUUUGUGAAGUUUGGGCUUGCAACUUGGAUGAAGAGAUGAAGAAAAUCCGUCAAGUUAUACGGAAGUUUAACUAUGUUGCCAUGCGUUGCAACCACAACACAUGAGUAUCAAAAAAAUCAUGAAUAAUCCCAGUAGUUCACAAAGUGCUGGAUUCCCUCACACCAGUUUUUGAAGACACCCACAGAACUGGGCUGUAACUAGUGCGGGGCCCUUGAUGUCAGGCAGGACACAGAGUUUCCAGGUGUUGUUGCAAGGCCUAUUGGAGAAUUCAGAAGCAAUGCUGAUUACCAAUACCAACUACUCCGCUGUAACGUAGACUUACUAAAGAUAAUCCAGUUAGGACUGACGUUCAUGAAUGAACAAGGCGAAUACCCUCCAGGAACUUCAACGUGGCAAUUUAAUUUUAAAUUUAAUUUAACAGAGGACAUGUAUGCCCAGGACUCUAUAGAGCUACUAACAACAUCUGGAAUCCAGUUCAAAAAACAUGAGGAAGAAGGAAUUGAAACUCAGUACUUCGCUGAACUUCUUAUGACAUCAGGUGUAGUGCUUUGCGAAGGAGUCAAGUGGCUUUCAUUUCAUAGUGGCUAUGACUUUGGUUAUCUGAUCAAGAUCUUGACGAAUUCCAAUUUACCCGAGGAAGAACUGGACUUCUUUGAGAUCCUGAGAUUGUUUUUCCCUGUCAUUUAUGAUGUGAAGUACCUUAUGAAGAGUUGCAAAAAUCUCAAGGGUGGAUUGCAAGAAGUUGCUGAGCAAUUAGAGUUGGAGAGGAUAGGACCACAACAUCAGGCAGGAUCUGAUUCUUUACUUACAGGCAUGGCUUUCUUCAAAAUGAGAGAGAUGUUCUUUGAAGAUCACAUUGAUGAUGCCAAGUACUGUGGUCAUUUGUACGGUCUUGGUUCUGGUUCAUCUUAUGUACAGAAUGGGACAGGAAAUGCAUAUGAAGAAGAAGCCAACAAGCAAUCAUGACAUGAAAUGGAAAGCCACUUUUUCUGAGCUCCACAUGCUUGUACAUAGGUUUUAUCUCUGGUUGAAUCCCUUGGACAAUAAGGUGUUCUUUACCUCCCUUUAUCAGCACACUUUGGUUUCUGCCUUUGUAUGUACUAAAUCUGACUGUUCUUAUCCCAGUUCUUUGACCUUGAUGUGUAGGCAUUUCUGGGUUAAAUGUGGCCUUGUACCUUGCCCACCUGUACACAAGCACGUGUAGGAGCAGUGUGGCAGAUAGAAGAGGAAAGCGAAAACGAUAAUGAAAUUUCUGAUAAACGUUAAUUGGUCUUAGAAUUGCUUUAUUAUCUUCCCCCACCCUCUUUCCCCAAACUGAACUAGCACUGAUUGUAACCAUUUCCCCAAUUUGAUGUUUCUCCCUCCCAGUGUACAGGAGUUUUAGCUAUUCAAGAUUGUGGACCAUCACAUUUGCACUUUAGAAGAGUGACUCUGAGUCAGAUCCUCUGUUUUAUCUGAAGUUUUGGUUUUUCUACCUAGAGAAAACAGUCCUCUGCCAACUUGGGGCAACUUCAUCGUUGUUCUCCCCCUUCCCCCCAGGUUUCAUACCCAUUGAACAAAACCACACUCGCUGCAUAAUCUCUUUUCAAAACUACUGAAAUCUUAGCAACUGCUCUUGUAUCUAAACUGGUGUUUGGUCUUCCAAGUGUGUCCUGCACACACCAGCUUCUAAUUGGCUUGCCAGUUUAAUACUGCUCUGUGAUGGAGGUAACUAAGUGGAGUUAUAAGGAAUCUCUCCUGUGUGCACUACAUUGGAUUGAGGGGCUGCCACACAAGAAUGCAUCUGUACCCUACGCAGCUCCUGGUCGUUUAAGUGUUCAGGAUAAGUUCCUUGUUGUUUGCCCCCACGUCUGAAAACAAGCUUUAUAGCCUUCAGGAAAGAUUCUGUGGUGUUCUGCUUUUUGUGUGUCUGAGCUGAAUAAUUGGAAGGAUGGAAACUGCAGUUAGACUAACAGCACACAUUCAUUGUGGAUUUAUUUCCUUACUCCUGUUCCAGCAAGCUGUGCCCAAACAAUACUUUCUAUUUUAAAACCUUAUUUAUUGUGUACUUGAAUAGAUGAACACAAGUCAACUAAGGAUGAGAUCCAAAGAUCUGAAGCCAACUUGAUACUGAGUUAAUAAAAAAGGAAGAUAGAUUUGUCCUUUUUGUAGCUGCUACAAAGGUAUUUGUUGUAAAACAACAAAUCUAUUUGUACCUAAUAAAGUUACCUGAGGCUUGUAAUGCUAGCUUAUUUUUUUGAGUCUCUUAGCAAUAUAUUUUAUAAAUGCAUUAUUUUAUUAAAGGACCAUGAAGUACUUUCUUAACCAUGCAGAGCAUGCACACCCAGAGCAGUUGUGCAAGAAGACUUUUAAUUGGUAUUGAAUAGCUAAACCCUAUCCUGAAAUGAUGGAGUGCCUGUGGCAGCAUUUGACAUAUGUCGGCUACACUGAAAAUCAAUAGAAGUCAAUCUCAAAAAUGUUCAGCAAGUUGAUCUUUUUGCUAUGUACUUGUUUUUCUUUUUUUUUUCCUCAUUAAGUUACAAUGAUGUAACUGGGUGGUCCUUUUUAAAGAAAAAUAACAAAGACAUUUGCAUAAGAGGGUAUUUGUUUUUAAAGCUUUUGUAAAUAAAGGCUUAAAAAUGUUUUCUUACA